GCAGGGGGGGAUUCUGGGAGCUGUAGUCCUAGCCCGGCCGGGAGAGGAAGGAGGGCGGCUGCCUCCAGCCCCGCCGGGGUCCCAGACGGAGAGCCAUGCAGAAAUACGAGAAGCUGGAGAAGAUCGGAGAGGGCACCUACGGGACGGUGUUCAAGGCCAAGAACCGGGAGACGCACGAGAUCGUGGCGCUGAAGAGGGUGCGGCUGGACGACGACGACGAGGGGGUCCCCAGCUCUGCCCUGCGGGAGAUCUGCCUCCUGAAGGAGUUGAAGCACAAGAACAUCGUCAGGCUGCACGACGUCCUCCACAGCGACAAGAAGCUCACUCUGGUCUUUGAGUUCUGUGACCAGGACCUGAAGAAGUACUUCGACAGCUGCAAUGGGGAUCUGGACCCCGAGAUUGUUAAGUCCUUCAUGUACCAGCUGCUGAAAGGUUUGGGGUUCUGCCACAGCCGGAACGUCCUGCACAGGGACCUCAAGCCCCAGAACCUCCUGAUCAACCGGAACGGGGAGCUGAAGCUGGCAGAUUUUGGGCUGGCGAGGGCCUUCGGGAUCCCCGUGCGCUGCUACUCGGCUGAGGUGGUGACGCUCUGGUACCGCCCUCCAGACGUCCUCUUCGGGGCCAAACUCUACUCCACCUCCAUAGACAUGUGGUCUGCUGGCUGUAUCUUUGCAGCCAUACCCCAUGUAUCCUGCGACGACUUCCCUUGUCAACGUGGUGCCCAAGCUGAACACGACCGGACGGGACCUGCUCCAGAACCUGCUGAAGUGCAACCCGGUGCACCGGAUCUCGGCAGAGGAUGCCCUCCAGCACCCCUACUUCACGGAUUUCUGCCCCCCCUAAGGGGCCGGCGUGUGCGUGUGUCUGGUGUGGCCAAAGGGUGGGGGGUGCAUGCAGCCUCCCCGCCCCCCCCCGCCAGUGUACCAGUCCCCCUGCUGGAACUGCUGGUGCUGCAAUCCUCACGGGACCAUUUGGGAUAUUGGGGCGGGGUGGGGGGGCUGGCCUGAUUCCCCCCUCUUCCCUUCCCGCCCCCUUUCCCUGCCCCCCAGCACCCUCUAGUGGGGGCCUGAGCAGCCCUGAAGGACUCGGACAUCUGUCUCACCCUGUGACUCUCUGAUGACUCCUAUAAAGCUCUUCUUCUCUUUC